GACUGUCACAUUUGAAGUUUCUCAGCUUCUAUUAGAUGAAUCAGAUGAUGAAUCAAAUACAGAAAAUGAAUUUGCAAAUGAAAAUGAAACAACAAAUAUUUCUUUGUUAACUUUUCCUGAUUUGCAUUAUAUUCUUAGAUUUUUACAUUUUGAAGCUUUAGUUGAUACUCGAAAAAAUCAUUAUGCCUUUACAUAG